AUGAGUGAGGAACAAUCAACUAGUAAUCCGAAUGACAUUUUGGAUUCAAUAAAAAAUAUGAAAUUAUGUACAGUUCGAGCUGUUGGAGAGGCAAAUGCUUUACCAAUGUGUACUGAAGGUUAUGAAUUAUAUGCAAGCUUUCCGGUGUAUGCUAAUCUUAUGAUGGAACAGCAAAGAAGGAUUAUCGUUAUGUUACGUGAAGUAUUGAGGAAUGCUGGUUGUCGAGUUCCGAUACCAGCAAAGGUUGAUGAUCUCGACGAAUUAUUGGAUCGAAUCAUUGAGGCAAACGAUAGCAUCUGCGAACGAUCCGGUAUAUUACUGGAUUUGCUUCAAAAAGCUAGACGUAUGGAAGAAGUAGUUAUGCCACAACAAAUUAUUGAUGCAGAAAGUACGGCUCUUUCUGAUCAAACACUGUUCGAGAGGCAGGGACGUUACACUGCACUUUUGCGACGUUUACCUGAAAAUAAGAAUAAACUGCUGUCAACAACGGCUACUGCUGCUGUUCCUUUGCUGACAUCGAAGGAGAAACCACAGAUUGUUUUUGGGAUCGAGGUCGAUAAUAGCCCUGCGGAAUUUAGGUCAAAGCUUAAAGAGAAACAUCAUGCUAUGGAAAAUAUUGUAACGAAUUUGCAAAUCGUUGAUAAUGACGAUACUGAUACAAUCAUGUGGCCCGACGAUCAGGGAACGAGUUUACAUCCUUAUGACAAAGAACUGAAUCACUUUAAGAUUCCUGCAAGGCAGUUAGCUGUCGGAAUAGUUGAACCUCUGAAAACACUGUCUGAAACUGAAUUGAUAUAUAUUGAUACGAUAGAAAAAUUAAGAUGUUUGCGAGAUGUUUUGAACAAGGAACGAGAAUUCAGUGUAGAUCUUGAGCAUAACGCGCAACGCUCGUACCUUGGAUUAACUUGCCUGAUGCAAAUUUCGACACGCCAAGUGGAUUACAUCAUUGAUCCUUUUCCAUUAUGGAAUGAUAUGCAUAUCCUGAAUGAACCCUUUACAGAUCCAAAUAUAUUAAAGGUUUUUCACGGAGCAGAUUCAGACAUUGUUUGGCUACAGCGGGAUUUUGGCAUUUAUGUUGUUAAUAUGUUUGACACGUAUAAAGCAAUGAGAGUGCUUAAUUAUUCUAAAUUUUCCUACCAGCAUUUGGUUCAAACUUGUUGCAACCACAUUUUGGAUAAGAAAUUCCAAAAAGCUGAUUGGCGUCUAAGACCACUUACGAGUGCUCAUAAAACUUAUGCUAGAAGUGACACUCAUUAUUUAUUACACUGUUAUGAUCAACUCCGUAAAAAACUUCUCGAUCAGGGUGAUGCUGUUAACAGUCUUCUUGAAUUUGUUUACAAUGAAUCUGCUCAUACUUGCCUUACUGUUUAUAAAAAGCCAACAUUUGAAAGUGACGGAUAUGAAAAAUUGUUGAUGGGUAGGAAGCCUUUGAAUUCUCGUCAACAAUUUGCUUUGGCAGCUUUGUGGAAAUGGCGUGAUGAACGUGCAAGAGCAGAUGACGAAAGUCCGCAGUAUAUUCUGCCUUGUCAUAUGAUGCUACAAAUUGCCGAGGUACUUCCUCGGGAGAUGCAAGGGAUUCUGGCAUGUUGCAGUCCUGUUCCUGUGCAUGUUAAGCAAGAAUUGCAUGUUUUACAUGAAAUCAUUAAUACAUCACGCGAUCAGCCACUUGUAAAGCGUCCGAUAUAUGCAUCAAAUGUUGGCUCAUUAACUUUGGAAGGUGUUACAUCGCAACUAAACAAAAUGAAUGCAGUUAAAGCAAUGUUGAGGUGUCAUUUGGAUUUUUCAUCAACCAAAUAUAAUGAAGAAAUCCGUGAUAUUGUCAAGCAAGAGGUUGAGGAAGCGAUAUGUGAAGACGGUGCAGUAACAGGUGGUGCGGGUAGUUUGGUUUCCACAGAACUUUAUACAAUUGGUGGAGAUAAUGAAAAGGAAAGCGAACGCUUACGAAAAGUCUUGGAGAAACUGGAAGACUGGGCAACGCCCUAUGAAUGUUAUCGGAUUGCUGUAAUUGAGCGAAGUUCGAAAGCAAAAGGAGAGAGCAAAGGGAAGGAAGAAGAUGCAGUAAAAAGUGAAAAAAAUAUGCCAGAGGAGAAGAAAUUAUGGUCACAUCUCGAUUCCGCUACAAACUUACCUGGAUUUACUGAACAAAAAGUAACAGCUAGUGAAUUGCAAUUGGAAAGUGAACAGAGGAAAAACGACGAGGGGGAGAUUUAUGAAGAAAUGACUUUAACAAAAAAAGAAUUAAAGAGAAAGAGAAAACGAGAAACGGGUGAAAUCAGUAUCGCGACGAUACAGAAGGGGAGUGGAAUACAAAGAGACGGUACAAAUGUAGGAAAGCGAGGUCGGAAAAGUAAUUGGACUGAUGCAAUAGAGAAAUGUGAACAACGGAUUGAUUACAGUACAUUCGAUCCUGGCACUUUUAAUAGAAACGCUGUGUCGACAUCUAACACUUAUGAUCCAUUCAAACAAUGGAAGCGUGGAAAAUCGAGAUCUUAUGGUGGACGCAGAAUAAUGCGAAGUGGACGGAAACUGUGA